CAAAAAAGAACAACAACAUGACCGGCUCCAGUGCAACAGACAGCGCCUGCCUCAUUGCCAAAUCCAAGACCAAUGGCAGUGAAAUGAAUGGCAAUGCUACCCGCAAUACCUAUACCGCCAUUGAAAAUAAUUCAUCAUCAGAAUCAGCAGCUACAACAACAUCAAGAAUGCAAAGACAAUUAUCACAAAUUGAAAUGGUGAUGAAUGAAGAAAAAUAUUCCUAUGAAGUCAUUAAAGAUAUUGCCGAUUAUUUGUUGGAUCGCACAACUAUUCGUCCCCUAAUUGGUAUUAUUUGCGGUUCCGGUUUAAAUUCCAUUGCUGAUAUGAUUACCGAUACGAAAAUCUUUGAAUAUGAAGAUAUUCCCAACUUUCCAGUGUCCACGGUGGAGGGACAUGUUGGUCGCAUGAUUUUCGGUUAUUUGGAAAAUAUGCCUGUUAUGGCUAUGCAGGGACGUUUCCAUUACUAUGAGGGUUAUCCCUUGGCCAAGUGUUCAAUGCCGGUGCGUGUUAUGAAAUUGGUCGGUGUCCGUUAUUUGAUGGCCACCAAUGCUGCCGGUGGUCUCAACAGCAAAUUCAAGGUCGGUGAUAUUAUGCUUGUACGUGAUCACAUCAAUAUUAUGGGCUUUGCCGGCAAUUCGCCGCUGCAAGGGCCCAAUGAUCCUCGUUUUGGUCCCCGCUUCCCUCCCAUGACAAAUGCCUACAAUGCUCAUCUGAUUAAAAUUGCCAAACAAGUUGCCAAAGAUAUGGGAAUUGAGAAUGAAAUCCACGAGGGUGUCUACACCUGUUUGGGUGGACCAAAUUAUGAAACCGUAGCCGAGUUGAGAAUGUUGCGGACCAUGGGUGUUGAUGCGGUGGGCAUGAGUACCGUCCAUGAAGUUAUCACAGCUCGUCAUUGUGAUUUGACAGUCUUCGCCUUUAGUUUGAUCACCAACAAAUGUGCCACCGGCUAUGACAGCAGUGAAGAUGAGGCCAAUCACGAAGAAGUUGUGACAGUGGGUCGUUCCCGCCAAGCCGUCUGUGGAGAACUUUUGUGCCGUGUCAUUCGUGAAAUUGCCAAAGAAUGUCCCAAUAAGGCACAAUUGAAAUAAAUCUCAGGUC